AUGAGUCAUUAUUAUUAUUCUGAUUCGGAUGAUACCUAUCAGGCACGUCGGCAUCAUCCAUCUACAAAUACACGUCAUUAUACUCGACGAAGCGGUUUGGCAUCGAAACUUCGACCGACAUCGCCAAGCAAUGAUGAAUCGGCGAUACGAAUUGUUGUUGAUUCUCCAUUUCCUCGAAAAAGUGACUUUUUUAUUGAUACAUCUCAACGAGGGAGAAUAAUCGUUACUGCUCGUUACCGUCGUUCAACGAAUUCUUCCAAUUAUAUUGAUUAUCGAAAAUAUCAAGAUGUUGUACAAACAUUUAAAAUUCCACAUGAUGCCGAUAUCGCUCAGCUAACGAGUUAUGUUGAACGAGAUGGAAAUUUAGUUAUUGAUAUACCACGUCGGCACUAUUCCUAUAGAGAUUCAUUUGAUAGUCAAAAUACGAAUGUUGGUCGAUCGAGAGAUGUUUACGAUGAAGUUGAACAAAUGUUAACAUUACCGACGAGUGGUCCAUCAUUAAUACGAGAUAAAAAUGCAUCAAGUCGACAUGGUGAUCAGAAAAAACUUGAAUACAGAAUCGAUUGUACAGGUUAUGCACAAGAAGAUCUUGAAGUGUUCAUACAAGGACAUGAUCUUAUUGUUCAAGGUGAACGCAAAAGUGCAAAUCCAAACAGAAAUAUAUCAAAAAAGUUUUCAAGAAAAAUUACACUACCACCGGAUGUCAAUUUAUCAAAAGUAGUUAGUUACUUAGAUACAGGAAUCAAUGGUGGUGAACUACGUGUAGAAGCACCACUGUAUGAAAAACAGUCGAACAACUUACGACGACGAGACUAUCAAAUUGAUGAGUAUGACGAUUAUUUUCCACAACGUUCGUCAUCGUUAGAUUUUGAUAGACAAAUUAGGCGACAGAGGCAUCAGAGACAUCGAGAUGAAUAUGAUUAUCGUCUUGAUCCAAGUAAACGUAUUCGAUCAGCGGAUGGAUAUCGUUAUCCAUUGUAUGUACCGCCACAAGAAGAGGAUUUUGAUCGCUCUUCAAGGCAAAAACAUCCACACAGAAGAAUACAAAAUUAUGAAAGACGAAUUAUAGACAGGAGUAAUCCAAAAAGUCAUUAUGGAUAUCAUACAUCACGUAUGACAAAUCAUAAAGAUGCUGAUUUAAGAUUUUGA